UAGCAGUGUACUGAAAGGGGGAGGUGAUGAUUGUGUUAGAGAUGAUCAAUGUCCACUCCAAGCAAUUUAUGAAACAUAAAAGGCCACCAUCACGUGAGAAAAUGCUCAGUGUCAACCAUGGCUCUUUCUUAUGCUAGGCUUGGGUUUUACAUAGUGCUGUUUAGCUUUAUAACCUUACAGUCCAUUGAUAGCAAAUAUGCACCAACGUGGGAUUCGCUGGAUAAAAGACCCCUACCACAGUGGUUUGAUGAUUCUAAAGUAGGAAUUUUAAUAUGCUGGGGAGUAUAUUCAGUCCCAGCUUGGGGAGGAUGGGGCGCAGAGUGGUUUUGGUGGUGGUGGAAAGGUGCUAAUCAAACUAAGUACAUAGAUUACAUGAGCAAAACGUACCCACCCGGUGUCACCUUUCAGGAUUUGGCUGCCUCUUGGAGAGCACAAUUGUAUGAUCCCAGUGAGUGGGCAGACAUAUUUAAAGCAGCAGGAGCAAAGUACGUGGUGCUCACCAGCAAACAUCAUGAGGGUUUCACACUGUGGCCAUCCAAAGUGUCUUGGAACUGGAAUGCCAUGGAUGUUGGACCAAAGAGAGAUCUUCUAGGCAAGCUGCAGAAUCACAAGUGGGAGAAUGCCAUGACAAUUGACAAAUUAUCCUGGGGUUAUCGGCGUAAUGCACCUCUCAGUGACUACCUCACCAUGGUAGAAUUGACCACUACAAUAGCUGAAACAAUCAGUUGUGGAGGCAAUAUUCUGGUGAACAUAGGUCCCACUGCCGAUGGGCGUAUUCCCCCAAUUUUUGAGGAAAGACUUCGCCAGAUGGGCCAGUGGCUGAAAGUGAAUGGCGAGGCCAUCUAUGGUUCAAAACCUUGGGCAUUCCAGAAUGAUACAGCUACUCAUGGAGUCUGGUACACCUACCAGAAAGCCACAGAUUCUGUGUAUGCCAUUGUCACAGGUGGAAAGAUGCCAUUUGGAAAACUGAUGCUGGGUGCGCCCAAUCCAUCUCCUGGAACUCAAGUAACCCUGCUGGGAUAUACAGGAGGACCCUUUCGGUUUGACAGAAAUCCACCAGGGGGCAUUGCUAUCGAUGUCCCAGCAAUACCAGCAAGUCAGAUGCCGUGUGAUUGGGCAUGGACUUUCAAAUUCACCCAGUUGGCAAAUUGAUGACAUAAGAUUCUAAGGCUCUCAGUGCAGCCAGAUUGGAUCGUUUUGAUUUAAAUGCUUAAAUCUUGUUACCUGAAUUCAUUUGAGACUACAACCAACUACAUUUUUCCAAUCAGUUGAGAUACAUUAAAACUUGCUGACUUUGUCAGCACUGGUACAUGUAUAAGCAUAAAAAUGUUUAAUUGUCUUCAUAUUAUAGUUAACUGAAAAGCAUAAUCAUUCACAUUUUCAUCUGUGUUAAAGCAUUAGGGAUUUAUCUAUUUAUGUAUGAAAGCAAAUCAAUCAAGAAGUAUAUAAUAUUGUUAAUCAGAUGAAUCUCUGCAUUAAAAGCUGCAGAUUCCUCUUUGGCAGUCAUACAGCUGUUGGCAGCAUACAGCUGUGUUUUUGCAACCUCUACAUGUACCGACAUAAAUGUUAGACAGAAGGCAGAUUUAUGUACAAUUAUUACCAAUUUAUCUUUUCAUAUCGUAUUGUUAUCAUUGAUUUACAAAAAGGAUAGAUGUUACUUCGAAAUGUGUUGCUCAAAUGCACAUCAUUUAACUUAUAUUGUAGAAAUUGAUGUGUACUACACAUGGAAUUGUAAGGUUUUAAUUUUGAUAUGCAACUGGUGUUUAUAUGGGUUUGAUACGGGUGUUUGUUUGAAUACCUCUUCUUAAAAACUGACAUGCUACUAUUAUGAUGAAAAAAUUUAAUAUGAACAAAACAAGAGCUUGUGAUAUAAAAUACAUUCCGUGCAAUGUUUGUAUGAAAAUAAUGGAUAUUAAUAGUUAUCUGAAACUGACCUUCGUUUCUGAAGAGUUACUGAAAUAUAAUAAAGGAUAUAAAUCCAAGAGAAAUAAUUUCA